UUUCGCUUCUAUGACUUUCGAUUAUAUACAAUCAAGCUAAAAUGUAUAAUAUAUAAUUAUGCAAUUAAGUAUCGUUGUAUAGUGUACGAGACACUAAAUAAAUUUAGUUCUUCUCAAAAAAUAUAAGUGCAAAAUACUUUUCAGAUGGCUUAUUUAUCACAAUUGUUUUCUCUAGCGUUACAAAACGCCCGUCAAACUCUAGUAUCAAAUGAUAUUAAUAAUUUGGCAAAAGUAUGUGUAAGAUACGCUUCGAAGAAAGGUGGUACUAGUACCAGAAACAAAAAAGGUCAUCCUAGACCAAAACACAGGGGAUGGAAAAUACAGGAUGGAAAAUAUGCACAAGCAGGCAUGAUAUUGGUCACACAGCGGACUCUUAGAUUUCAUCCAGGUCUUAAUGUUGGUUUUGGGAAAGAUGGAACUUUAUUCGCCUUAGAAGCUGGUAAAGUAUUAGUAACUUGUGAAAAAAUUGAUCCUAAUUGGGACCAUUCCUGGGUUAAAAAUGCUUAUGGCGGCCGUGAAAAUCAAGUUAUAUAUAAGAAAUACUUUAAUGUCCUUCCCGAUCCUCAGCAUAAUCGAUUUAAAUUGAUUAACAUAAUAUAAGUAUGUAUUAUAUAUAAAAUAUGUAUAAAUUCUUUAAUUAUCAUUAAAUUUAAAUAUUUAAUAUAUUGUUGGCUAUUGUACAAAACUGAUAAACU